AUGGCCCCGUUGGAUGACGUGACUGUGAUGGAUGUUGCGCGCCACUUUUCUCCAAAUGAGAUUGGCAAGAACCUGUCUAAGCUGUGGACAGCUCGUGGAUGCGAGCUUGAGACAGCAUUGAGUGAGACUGGCAGUGUGUACAUAUGUCCACUGACUUCGUGUCCAGUGAGAUGUCCGAUCCUGCUCGAUGAUGGCUGCAUCUAUGAGGAGCAUGCUGCUUUGACAUGGCUUCGAUCAAUGGGGUCGCCUUCAAGCAAAUGGGCACUGAGACUUGGACCCUUGGCAGAAGCUGUUGAGGCUUUUCUCCAGCACUGCAACGCAGGGGGGUAUUGUGUGUCAGAGCAAAUGGAGCAGGCCAUGGGCGAGGCAGAGAUGCCAGGAACUCCAUGGUUGAGAAAGAUUGCGAUCCUGGAAGCCUCCAUGGAGCAAGCCGAAAAAGAGGCAGCAUCCAUCAGGCACCAUUCGCUUGAGACGCAGGCAUUGCUGCAGCGCUUGAAGAAGCAAACCGCCAAGAAAAAGGAAGAGGCUGCCUUGUGUCUUCAACGAGCAUUCCGCUCGAAGCAGUUGUGGGAGAAGCAGCAAGCUGCAGCUGUGUUCCUGCAAAGAUGGUGGCGAAACCUGAGGAGAGGAGCCAAGAAGCCAAAGAGAAGACGUGGUAAAGCACAAAAGAAAGGAUCUGUCAAGCCCGCAGAAGAGCCAGCACAAUCUUCUCCUCCGCCAGUAGAAAGUGUCCUUGAACUCAAUAAGCAGCACCAACAGUAUGCAAGGAUUGAGGAAAAAGACAAACGUGCCGUCCUUGACUUCUUCCUGGAUCAGCUCAUGUAUGAUAGCACCAACUUUCGGAUACUCAUCGUGACAAGCUCGGACGAGCGUGCUCAAGGCCUCAGGAAAGUCCUCCAGAUGUCAAAGGCAGUUCAAUAUCCAUUGGUGACAAUGCUGAAAUCGGAUGAUGAAUCACACCGGUUCAAGGAGCUGCCGGAGUGUGCUGGAAUAAUAUCUGAAGGAAGGCUCCGUGGGAAUCCUGAUGUCUCGGCAGCAAACAUGAUGGUUAAUUUUGACAUGCCUCGCAGCUUGGACGAUUAUAUAUUGCGGAUUCAGAUGGUGGAUCCUUUCGUAAAGGUGAUGAGCUUGCCGGCAAGCCCCGAAGAGAUGGGAGUUAUCCGUCAGGUUGAAGAUAAGUUUGGAGUUGUCUUCAGGAACAUGGAGGGGGUGGCCAGAUUCAAGAUCCUCCAGAACAGAAAAGCACUGAGGAACAAGCUGGCAGCAACAGGACGCUUGUCUGAAAUCUAUUUAAGCAGCUGCCGAAUGCCAAGCUUGCUCACUGCCUACUCGCACAGUGCAGGACAUUCUUUUAUGUCGAACAGGAUCACUGUAUAUAAUUAG